AUGGCCCCCAACGUACCCCUGGAAGCGUCCAGCACGGCCACUUCUUUCCUCUUCAGCGCCUUGCGUUCCAAUCUGCGUCCAGACGGUCGGCGAUCAUUUCAUUCCCCUCUACCCCUCUCCCUCUCUCUCGGCUCCACGCCAGGCACAUGCAGCGUCUCUAUCGGCACAUCCAAAGUCAUAACGCACAUCGUAGCAGAGCUGACCGAACCUAGAUCAGAAAGACCUUAUGAAGGAACAUUGGAUUGCAAGAUAGAAGUAGGCUCUAUCGCGGGUGUUCAGUUCGAGCGGAAUAGAACGGGAGAUGAAGAGUUGAAGUUUGAGAGAGCUGUGGAGAGAGCUGUGAGGAGGUGUCAGGUGGUGGAUAGAGAAGCUCUGUGCGUCGUAGCUGGUCAAAAGGUGAGUGUUCGAGAGUCCCUUCAAGACUUGCACUCGAAGCCGUUGUCCGCUCACAAGAGCGCAUACACUUACCCAUCUCCACUGCUUGCAUCAACGUACCAGGUCUGGUCCAUCACGCUCUUUGUGCACCUUCUCUCCUGGGCAGGGCUGUCCACUUCUGUAGACGCAGCGGUGCUGAGCAGUCUCCUCUCCUUGCGCUCAUUUCGUCGACCAGAUGUUAGCGUCGAAGGAGGAGCCUCCAUCCCUCGUCGCAGAGGUCCACUCUCCUCCUCCGCAUCCGCCAGCAUCCGUCGAAACAGGGCGAAGACAACAUUGCACGAUCCCGCUUCGCAUGCUCCUAUCCCGCUCGCCUUGCAUCAUACGCCUCUAAGCGUCACAUUGGUCUACUUUGAUAUCGCUUCUCACCAAGCGCUCAAUAAGCUCGGUCCGACGGGAAAGAACGAAGACAGAAGAAAUGCGCAGCUUGAAGAUGACGGACAAAUCCUGCUUGUGGAUCCGGAUCCUUUGGAGGCGGAAUUAGCAGAUGCUGUGAUACAGAUCGUCGCUACGCCUCAAGGAGAUAUCUGCUCUAUAGAUCACGCAGGCGGAAAAGCGAUCUCGCCAAGGGUGCUUAGGCGAGCCAUCAAUCUGGCAAGGGAGAGGGUCAAGGAUCUGUCCAAGCGGUGCGACACGGUCUUGAAGGCGAACGAGACCAGCGAGGCUCUGGAGGUCAGGUAG